AAACUUUCAAAUUUCAAGGUCGAAGCCUGGGAUAUAUUUCUGCGCUAGUCGUUUGACUGUUUAUGUGGUUCAUUAGGAAGCUUUAUCCUUAGGGUUUCUCUUUACUUGUCUUUAAAUUGUUUGCCAUUCUACUAUUUUUCGUUUGUAAAUGCAAGUAGUUUUCAAGUAUUCUUACGGAGACGUACUUUUGUUGAUAUUCUAAACAGCAACCUCCUAUCAUUUUGUACACAAACCUUCAUAAGAAGAGGCUUUCAUUAUCCUGAUGUUUUAUUCAGGUCGUCACUUGGUGUCUUUUGACGGAAAAGACCGGAUCUUAAACAUAGAUAUCGAGCUAGGUUGUUCUUCAGACCUAAAAAAGGAUCUAGAAAUAAGAUUGACAGAUGACGAUGACUUUUGUUUUCUUUAUUUCAUCAGAAUUACCGUUGAUGAGUUUACUGAAAUUAAACAGCAGCAAGGUUUGCUCAUUAAUUUCAACGAAUUUGAACAGAAAGUAGCAGAUCUCUUGUGCAUUUGUUCACAAGAGGAGGCUAUCGAAACUCCGAAAUAUGGACUUCGGUUUUCCAGAAACACUGAGGAAAGAGAUUGCGGUUUAUUGCAAAUAAUUGAGGCCACCAAUUUCAAAUAUCUUCACCAUUUGAGUCUCAAUUUGUAUGCAGCUGAUGACGAAAAGCUUAAACUAUUUCUAGCUAGCCGUUUAAAAAAACAUAAAGCUGAAAGCGAUGCCAUUAUCAGGCAACUUAGCCAUUCUGUAUCCGAAUUGACAUCGUCUCUGAAAUCUGCAGAGGAGGGUACGAAGUUAAUAAAAGACGAGUUCCAAGCGUUCAAAGUAGCAUGUUCAGCUAAAGAACUUAGUCUUCGCUCCGAGAAUGAGUUUGCUAUCAGGGAAUUGCAAUUGAAACAUGAUGAGGUAAAAACGAAGUUAGAAGAAUCUCUUUCCAAAGAAAAAGAUUUAGCCAAUCAAAUACAAGAGGAGCUUCAAAAGGACUUUAAAAGUCGUUUGGAUUUAGCAUUGAACAAUAACAAAAAUCUACGGGAUCAACAGUCUGUCCUUCAAACACGUGUAGAAACACUCCAGGAGAAACUAAAGUUUGCAGAAACUGAAAAUAUUUCUUUAACUGAAGAUAUCAAAAUUGUACGUUCUCAAUUGGAUACAACCAACCGGGCAUAUGAUCUACAAACAGAAAUGGCUAAUCAGUUACAAAGUAAAAUAUCUAUAUUAGAAGAAAAUAUGAUUACCAAAGGUAAACAAAUACUGGACUUAGAGAAUUCGUUAACUAAAGAACACGAACAAAAGUUGCAUUUACUUGAACAAUCAGAACAACAUUGUCGUAACAUACAAAAUUUGGAGAAACAUUUAGCUUCGAAUACAGAGGAAAUAAAUAAAUCCAAUGAAAUCAUUAAACGCUUACAAAGUGAAGUCAGGAGUUUCCAAACAAAGGCUAAAUUACGAGGUCAAGUAGCAGCGGAACAGGAGCGUUUACUAGUUUCCAAAGACUCUGAAAUUCAGAGACUACAUACCGAACUAGACAAAUUAAGAUCGGAAAUCACGAAUGUCAAAAAGCUCAACACUCAGAUUGUUGAAGAGCAUGAUCAAACCUUGCAAAGUUUAACAGAUGCUCAGAAAACAAUCAAGUCCAAUGAAAUAAUUAUCGCUUGGUUGAAUCGCCAGAUUGCCGAGAACGAUUCAGAUUAUGUACAAAAUCGCUUGAAGCUUUCAGCGUUCCCAGUAAUAAGUGUGUCUUCUGGAGUAGUUGGUCCUCCUCCUACUAUUAAUUCAGUUACAGUUGUCUCUUCUGGAAGUGAGAAACCCUCAGCAUUCGAAACUACUCCUUCAUACAUCCCAUUAACGCAGAAUUCACAAGCUUCUCAUGUAGUCCCUUUAUUUGAUACACAUACAUCUGUCAUGGUGUCUUCAUCUUCAAAUAGCAACAUCUUGCAAACAGUUGACAAAAGACUCAUAGAACCACCCAACAGUUCGAAAAAUAAUUUAUAUGUGAAAAUUAUUUCUUCUGCAAUGGAUAAUACGAAUCUCCCAUCUACAGUACUUACUACUCACCUGCCAAUAUCCACUUCGAGCUGUGUGAUCCCUAAAGAAAAUAGUGAGUUAUUCCGUGUUACAGAUACACUUAAUUGAAAUAAAAUAUUCAUCGAGCUCAAUGUUUUAAAGUACGAAAUAGCAAUGCUACUAAUCUCACUGUACCUAGAGUAAUGUUAUGGAACAAGUAGAUGUGAGAAUCUAGACUACAUUUUCAUUUUUUAAACGAAACUUUUCAGACUUAACAUACAUCUUUUAUCACAGUAUUUUUGGGCACUGAAUUCGUGAUAUUAAUAUAUUUUAAAUAGGUAUUAUAUGAUCUAGUAGAAUAUUCUCAAUAAAAUGUGACUACGAAAGUUAGUGUUCACAGUGUCUUCAACACAGGUUCCUAAGUUAUGGAUACAAUGGGUUUAAUGCCAGUUAACUGUAAAAACAAUCAAGGUUAAAAUAUGUAUUAUCGAGUGUGUUUCUUCCAAAUAAAUUGGGUGCAACUGAAUGUGUCCAGGGGAAUAUCACUUUACAGCAACAUUACGGAAAGUUAGUCGUCUCCCUAAAAUUACAGGAAAAAAAUCAGUUUAAUAUUGAUAUUUUCAUCGACCUGAACGAAGGACUGCAGUGCUAAGACAACAGCUGUUUAAAAGUUACCAAAUGCAUACUUUUUAUGGUGAUGUUUACAUUCAGUCUCGAAUUUGUUCUAUUUCAAAGCGUGCCACCACCUCUUCAAAAUUCUUUAAGGGAAGGUGUUAGGUUUUUCUGAACCUCUAUCGAUAUAGUUAGACAAAAUCAAGGCGUAUGACCACCAUCGAACUUUGGUUUCUUCGCUCAAAUGUUCUGGAAAAUAAAGAAACAAUUGUAAGUGGUCUCGACCACCACAUCAGUUGCUACUACGAAGUGUAGGGAGAGUGAAUCAUUUACAGUCAGUCAGCUACAACGUAG